AUGUCGGACGAAUCAGCCUUCACCUUCCUCCCCCUCGGAGCCAUCAUCCAAGAAUUCAACGUGGGCGGCACCAACAUUGUGCAAGGCUUCCGCACACAGGAAGACUACGUCCACCACAACACGCCCUUUUUCGGCGCCACCAUUGGCCGUGUCGCAAACCGGCUCAAGAACGGCCGUCUCGAGAAUGUCAAUGGCCAGACGUACAGCCUUGCCAUCAACGAUGCGCCCAAUUCGCUGCAUGGCGGGGAUCAAGGCUGGGGGAAACGUAUCUGGGAGGGGCCCAAGGCUGUGAAUCGGAAUGGGAAAGAAGGCAUUCUGUUCAAGUAUGUGAGCAAACACGGUGAAGAAAAUUACCCGGGUACGGUCGAGGUGCGUGUGUGGUAUACGGCGAGUAAAGAGGAUGAUGGCAAGACGGUGCUGGAGACCGAGUAUGAGGCCGAGUUGGUGGGCGAUGAGGUUGAGGAGACGGCGGUCAACAUCACCAAUCACUCAUACUUCAACAUCUCUGGUGGUCCCACGAUCAAAGGCACCAUCGCACAGCUCUCCACCGACCAGUGCCUCCCCCUCGACGAAACCAGCAUCCCAUACGGCCACGUCGACCGCUUCAGCAAAGUCAAAGUCGCGGAGCCAUUCACGCUGGGGCUCGCCGAGAACGAGGUCGACGAUUGUUUUCUUGUGGAGAGUGAUCCAUCCAAGGUUUCCCUCGACACGCGCGCGCAGCCUGUCACGCUGCUCGGCGCCUUUAGCCACCCGGACAGUAAACUGCAUCUGGAGGUGUACAGCACCGAGCCGGCUUUCCAGUUCUACACGGGCAAUGGGGUCGACGUGCCGGAGGUUAAUGGUGUGCCCGCGAGAGAGAAAUAUGCGGGCUUUUGUGUCGAGCCGAGCCGCUAUGUCAAUGCGGCCAAUGUGCCUGCGUGGCGGCACAUGAGUGUGCUCAAGAAGGGGCAGGUUUAUGGUUCCAAGAUUGUCUACAAGGCGUGGAAACAGUGA